AUGUCUGUUGGCCAAUAUGCAGCCAAGUUUGAAGAUUUUCUUGGUGGACCCAUGCCAAGGAAAAACUUCUUCAAGCAAAUCAGGAGAUUAAUUGGCCGGUGUUCAAAGGAGAAUUCCUGGAGAAAUGAGCACGCCAAAUGCAUCAAGUUUGAGAAUGGACUGAGGCCUGACGUUAAAGCUGCUAUAGGAUAUCAACAGAUAAGGAACUUUCAUGUUCUGGUCGAGAAAUGUAGAAUCUAUGAGAAUGAUGACAAGGUGAGGAAGGACUAUCUUAAAAACUAUGGGCCACAAAGGAACAUAAGAGGCGGAAUGGACAAGAAGAAGCCAUAUCAUAGGCCAUCAAAGUUCCAAGGAUCAUCAUCCUUAGGAGGAGGACGGAGAUUCCAAGGGAAUCGUCAGAAGAAUGCUAAAGAUCCAAGGUGCUUUAGAUGUGGUGGUAAUCAUCACAUCCGGGACUGUCAAUCCCCUCACGCGGUGUGCUACAACUGCAAUCAGCCAGGACAUUAUAGUAGGGAUUGCCCAAACCGAGGAGGGAGUCAGCAAACCAAUGGACAGAGGAAUUCUGCAGCCCAAUGGGACAAUAAUCGUUCCAACAACAACCAAAAGAAGAAUGGAGGUGACCGUGCUGGAAAACAACCUGUUGGAGGACGUGUCUUUACCAUGACUGGCACUAAUGUGGAGCAAGUUGAGGAUCUUAUUCAAGGUACAUGUUUUAUGAAUGGCAUCACUUUGAUUGUAUUGUAUGAUUCUGGUGCUACCCAUUCAUUUAUAGUUAUUGAUCUUGUGAAACAAUUGCGUUUGUCCUCGCAAUCUUUGUCUCGUUCACUCAUGGUAUCAACCCCUACUGGAGAUACCGUGAGUACUUCCGUCGUUUGUGCGAAUUGUCCGCCAUUGAUUCAGGAAGAGAGCUUUGUAGUUGAUUUAAUUUGUUUACCGUUAUCCCAAAUCGAUAUUAUUCUGGGGAUGGAUUAG